AAUUUCCCUUCUCGAGCCAUUCUCUCCAUGCAGCGUGCGAUCGUCAAGGACUCUCUCCCACAAUGAAGGGGCUCUUCGGCAUCGGCUCGCGAGGCAAUGGGGCUUCGAGCGCCCCUUCGCCCGCCGCGCUGCCCGUCAAGAAAGACCCCCAGUUGCCUCAGAUAACCCCGCUGGAGAAGAGGUUACAAGAUAUGGGUUCCAUACGUGGCGAUGGUAGCGACAAAUUCUUUGGCAUGGAAAACUAUGGCAAUACUUGCUACUGCAAUUCGAUUCUCCAAUGUCUUUACUACUCCGUCCCCUUCCGCGAGGCCGUAAUCAACUACCCGCAGCGCACUCCGCUGGAGAGUCUCGAGGCGACCCUCGCCCAGAACCUGCGAUUCCCGAACCCCAACGCACACCUCGAAGUCGAGGCGCAGGCCGCCAAGCAGAAGGCACAGGCCGCUACAUCACCCUCCGCACGCCAGGCCGGUGUCCCUACCAACCAACCACAGAAGCCGGAGGAUAAAGACUCGCCGGAAUACAAGAAGAAAGUGGCUCUCCAGACUCUUCCGAUCCUGGAAACCAAGAACAAUGCCAAUAGUUACGGCAUGUCCGAGUCUCUCUUUACUUCAUUGAAGGAUAUCUUUGAAUCUUUGGUCGGCAGUCAGUCUCGUAUUGGUGUGAUCCGACCACAGCAGUUCUUGGAUGUACUGCGACGCGAGCAUGAAAUGUUCCGGACGGCCAUGCACCAGGAUGCGCACGAGUUUUUGAAUUUACUACUGAACGAGGUAGUCUCGAAUGUGGAGGCUGAGGCGACGAAGCAGAGCUUCACGGAGAAGUCACUCCCACCGACAGAAAGUGUCGAUUCUUUAAGCGGCACGGUGACGCCCAGCUCGGGCUCCAAAUCGCCCAACACCACGCGAUGGGUGCACGAAUUGUUUGAAGGGACGUUGACUUCCGAAACUAAAUGCCUGACCUGUGAGAAGGUUUCCCAACGUGACGAGGUCUUUUUGGAUCUGUCGGUGGAUCUUGAGCAGCAUUCAUCGGUGACAUCAUGUCUCCGAAAGUUCUCAGCCGAAGAAAUGCUUUGCGAGCGAAACAAGUUCCACUGCGACAACUGUGGAGGUCUUCAGGAAGCCGAGAAGCGAAUGAAGAUCAAACGUUUGCCGCGUGUACUGGCUUUGCAUUUGAAGCGCUUCAAGUACACAGAGGACUUGCAGCGAUUGCAGAAGCUGUUCCACCGCGUUGUCUACCCAUAUCAUCUCCGCCUGUUCAAUACCACAGAUGACGCCGAGGACCCGGAUCGACUUUACGAAUUGUAUGCCGUGGUUGUUCAUAUUGGCGGAGGACCUUAUCACGGUCAUUACGUUGCUAUAAUCAAGACUGAGGACCGCGGCUGGUUGCUUUUUGAUGACGAGCUGGUGGAACCGGUGGAUAAGAAUUACGUGCGCAACUUCUUUGGAGAUCGACCUGGCCUGGCCUGUGCAUACGUCCUGUUCUAUCAGGAGACUACUCUCGAAGCUGUGCUCCGGGAGCAAGCUCAGGAGGACCAGGCCUCCUCUACCGCUCCAGCCGAGAACGGAGAGGCAGGAAAGAUUAACGGAUAUCCCUUGUCACCCGGACUGUCCCAUAUUCACAGUGCGUCUCAGGUGCCUUCAGAUGAUACGAAUCAUAUGAACGGCAUCCAACGAGUACCCACGGCGCCUCAAAUGUCCACGCACCACGAAGCACCAGAGUUGUUUUCGUCUCCACAGCCCAUUCAAUCACCCCAGCCACCACUCCCUCCGAUCCCCGAUGAGCAGCCACCUUCUCUCAGUCCGAAGAAGAGCGACGUUCAGUCGCGAAAAGAAAGGGCAAAAGAGGAGAAGGAGCGCAAAGCGUUGGAGAAGGAAAGAGAAAAGGCAGAGAAAGAACGGGAACGGACAGAAAAACAACGUCGCAGAGAGGCCGACCUGCAACAGGCUAGACAACUGAUGAACGAGCGACGUGAAGCAGAGGAUAUACGGAGGGCCAUUGAAGCCAGCAAGGCAGACACAGCUAAGAACGAUGGCUCUGAGCUUGGCCCCGAGAACGGGUCACCGAGGAAGCUCAGCUUCUUGAGACGAGGAAGCCGCAGUUUGAGUCAACGGCUGAGCAAGGACAAGGAGCCUCGUGUAUCAACCUCGGAUCUGCCACCGGUCCCGACCCCCGUGCCUGAAGCACCACACCAAGAAGGGCUCGAACCCCCUAAGCCCCCGGUUCCUCCGAAGGAUAAUCCCUCCCUGUCAAACCCCAAAAUGGCCUCGCGGAACAGCCCACCUGCCGCCAAGGACAACAAGUCCGAGAAAGCCGGACGUUGGAGGUCACUGAGCCUCAAGAAGUCCUAG